AGGUUAAUGGAUACUUUGAACGUUGGUUAACGUAAAAAAAUGCCAUAUUCAGAAGGCAUCUUCUUAUCAUGCCAAGACUUGUUCACAUCGAGUUGUUAUUUAGCUCAGCACUGCUGCUGAACACUGUACUUGGUAAUCUUGUUAUUGAAAAGAGCUUAGAGCAUCUUUUCAUGGAAGAGACCUAAGGUGGACUAAUCUUUGCAUACAAUGGCCUUUGUUGACAUCCCUUCCCUUCCCCCUACUGCACUCCAAAUCUUUACAAGGUGUUGGGUUUAUUCAUACAAUGGCAUUAUUAAUCCUUCACCAUAGUCUAUCUCCAGACUGUAUGAUGUUUUGCACAUGCGAUUAUUCAAUAAAUUGAUAUUCAAAUGCAAGUUAACAUCUGGAGUACAUCACUGAAAAGCCACAUCUGGCAAUAGUUGACCCUUCUUUGACAUUGAAAGAGUUUAUCUCUGACCUUAACCUUAACAGAAAAGGACAUGGGGAGGGACCACAAUAAACAAAAAAUAAUGCAGUGCCUUGAAACAAAUUUGGUACAUGUAACCUUGACAUGACUUUCAGCACCUGGAAGUACCUAUAAAACUAAUCCCCUGUCUGGUCAACUUCUAGCUUGACCACUGUUCUGAAUGACACCUUCAUGUGUGCCUCUCAUGUACACUUUAUGUGGUCAAUGUCAUGGUCAUUCACAUGAAGGAAAUUUCCAUUUGCCUUGACCAUUUGCAAUGAUGCAUGAUCUCGGUGACCACUGUUAAUCCAUGUCAGUUUCAUGAUGGUUGUGGUCUUGAUCAUUGUGGGAAUCAUGAGGACAGUGACCAGGACACCAAGAUGGCUCAGUUUGUCUCACACCUUAUCUUCCACACACUAAGGAAAGCAAAGGACAAGCACUUCAAUGGCAAACUACUUAUCCCUAGCAAUCUUCCCGAUCAUGUCGCACGUGACAUCCUCCUCAUGGCGCGAGAAGAACCCUGUGGUGUUCGUGGAUGCUCAUUGGACAUUGUCUACGAAAAUGGGGAAUUGUGCAGACGGUUUGGAAGGAUCGCGGUUGACCCCGACACAGUAACAACUUUUGAAAUCACAAUCGUGUUGGGGAGAGACUCACCGAAAUGGUUCCUCUCGAAAAUGCAAUCAGUUUUAAGGAACUCUGCGGAACAGAUUGUCUUAAAAUCUAGUUACAAGCUAGUGAAGAACAAACUCUACAGAAGGAAUGGCAGCAUAUGCAUCAAAGAAGGCUCAUAAGCCACUGACAUGGACCUGCAUUUUUUGUACUUUUUUUACGUAAGUGAACUUUGUGGCUGUUGCAAUAAACUACCCUACAGCGAGCGACUUAUGAUUAUGAACAUUUGCAGAUUUUCUUCCUUUAUCCUUUUCUAGUUAUCUUUUUUAAAGCCUCUUUCUAUUUUCUGAUUGUCAAUAUGUCUUGCAAGUGUCGACUCUACUGCAAUAUUUUUUUGUUAUCAACUAUGUCUACCAGUAUAUUUUUUUUCUUACCAAGCACAAUAUAACUAUUUUGCUAUUAACCUUGUGCAAACAGGCUGUACAAUCCACCGUGCUGCGUAAGAAAUGUUUUGUAGUUGACCAAUGUUUUAGCUUACAUAAAUAAGUUGCAUUGGUCCUCUGUCUGAAAUUUCUUUCUUAGACCAUUCCAUUUUAUAUGAAAGUACCAUUGGUAUAAUAUGGUGCUGGUUAAUAAAUGAUACUUUUCUUUCUUGUGUUACGCAAUGGUAGCAAUGAAAGCAGACUACCUUUUUGUUUUUCAUCCUUGUGUAUUCAUUCAUUGCCCGUAUUAAAGACUGCAUCCGGCCAUGCUGUAUUCAUUCAUAUAUAGUUGGCACCGUUGAUCGGUGCAAUAGGCAAUAUAACCCACAGCUGAGAAGCUACAAACAUAAAUAUUACAUACUUGUACUUUGCAUUGUUAAAACUGAUCAUGCUAAUCUUGGAUACACUGCCAUGUGCGAGUAUACAUGUACAUCAUUACACGUAGCUUUGAUUUAGGGCUUUGAAAACCUUUGCUUUGCCAGAGAUUAUGCUGCGAAUUCGAUAUACUAGUAUCUGGAAAAUAGGUUCGCCUAAGAGAGGGGUGCAGGAUUCUGCAUGCUUAAUGCAUUAAAUCACUUUGCAUGGUUAUAAAUAACAUGUACUGUAAUUUCAUUUGAUCAGGGUAUAAAAUAAAACUAGUUAUUACUCUGUGUAUCAAGUGUCACAGGGUGAACUAUUCUUAAUCAUUUGUCAUUCACCAAUUGAGUAUUACAAUGCAGCAUCAUAUAUAGAAUUGUUAGUAUGUU